GAUAAAUUAUGGAAGAGGCAGCACGUCACUUUCGGCGAAGAACCGAAACAACCGCAACUGCUAUCGAAUCCGACGUGUGACAGUGUCGACGGGACGCUAGUAUUGCUGGACCGUGUGGCGGUUAUGCCCCAUCGCAGCGCACCCAAUCCGGGAAACCAAAGGAGCCGGGUAGUUAAGCUUUAG